UGGAAUAUUCUGGGCAUCGCACGACAUCAAGGAGGCUCGUGGAGGAUAUAAGAUAAUAUAAAGAGUGGUGACUGAAUCUCAAAUCCUAACAUCACCAACUACAACAACAUCAGUUCCACACUCCUGCACCAGCACGACUCAGGCCGCAAUUGCAACGACCAAUACCAACAUCAACUGAACAUCAGAAUGGCAUACCAAAACAUCGCCGUCGCUGGAGCCACUGGCAAUCUGGGCCCGAGUGUCGUGAAUGCUCUUGUAGACGCUGGUCUUACUGUUACUGUCCUUUCCAAGAGCGGCAAAACCGACAAACUUCCAUCUUCUGUCAAGACAGUGAAGACCGAUUACAGCAGCCAAUCAUUCACCGAUGCCUUCAAAGGACAAGACGCCGUCGUCAGUCUGCUCCCGAAUCACGACGGCCAGCCACCCCUGAUCGAUGCUGCAAUCGAAGCCGGAGUCAAGUUCUUCCUGCCUUCCGAGUUCGGAUCGGAUAUCGCCGGCAGCGCGAAGAUUGCUGCGCUCCCUGUCUUUGCUGGCAAGGUGAAGACACAGGAGUACCUCAAGAGCAAGCAGGAUAAGAUUAGCUAUGCUUUCGUCGUCAACGGACUUUUCCUGGACUGGGGCAUUGGCGCGGGCUUCAAUGUCAACCUAAACGGUCCAACACGGGUCAUUGACGGCGGCAACGACAAGCAUAGCACGACUACACUCGAAGAUGUCGGAAAGGCUACGGUCGCCAUUCUCAAGAACCCGGACCAAUUUAAGAACCGCGCUGUAUACAUCCAGAGUGCUGCUGUUAGCCAAAAUGAGCUCAUUGCGAUCGCGGAGAAGAAGGGGAAGUCUAUUCAACGAGUCGAAGCAACCACUGAGCAGAUCGAGACGGAUGCCUGGGCAAAGAUCAAGAACGGCACCGCUGAGCUACCGACUUUCCUUGACUUCAUCGCUCUAUCCGCCCUCAGUACACCAUACGGCAACAACUGGAGCGCCAAGAACGACAAUGAACUCGUCGGUAUCAAGGAGAAGACUCAAGAGGAGCUCGAGCAGAUUGUCGCUCAAUUUGUGUGAACGAUAGAAAUUUAGCCGACGGCCAUGAUCAACUAAUGGAGCACCUUUUCAGUAGCGAGCAUAUUUUGCUAAAGUGUCAUCUGAGACCAUUCCAUUUCACUCAGGACCGCGUUUUAGCUUUGAAAACUCGCCAAAACAUUUCUGACAACUUCACUCCGCCGCGUAAGCAGCAAGCUCCCCUGGUUAGUCCUGCUCGCAGCACGUCAAAAUGGCGCGAUCUUGUUCGCAAUAGGGGAAUUCGUGC